AUGCGUGCUGCAAGUGGCCCAGUGUGGAAUGUGAUGCUUCUAGCAAAGUCGUUAGUUUGCAGCUCGAUGACGAGGCCAUUUCUGGUGGAAUUGAGGAUUCGUCUGAGUCUCUUCAGAUUUAAAUAUCUGCAAAAGCUUAACCUUGCCUACAAUUGCUUCAAUGAUGCCAUUCCAAAAGGUAUUGGCAAUAUGAUUUGUUUGACAUAUUUGAAUUUGUCACAUGCUGGUUUUGUUGGGCAGGUUCCUUCUGAAAUUUCAUCCUUAACGAGAUUGGCUAGUCUCGAUAUCUCCAACGAGUUUGGCAAUAAUCUUAGGUUUGAGCACCCAAAUUUGGAGAUGCUUCUCCAAAAUCUAACAGAGCUUAGAGAGCUCAAUCUUGAUGGUGUCUAUAUCACUUGUUCACAUGAAAGGCAAAAAUGGAGCAACACUGAAUCAUCACAUUUACCCAACCUCACCUCUUUGAGCAUGGUUGAUUGUAGUCUAGAUGGCCCUUUGCCUAAAUCCUUUUGGCAACUUCAUUCCCUUUCUAUUCUUCAACUGGAUCGAAACAAUCUUUCAGCAGUAGCACUUGAUGACUUGUUCACCAAUUUUCCAAGUCUGACCACCUUGACUCUUUAUAACUGCAGUUUAAAGGGUUCUAUUCCAUCCACCUUUGCUAACCUAACCAAGCUGACUCAUGUCGAUUUGUCAUAUAACUCCUUGACAGGCUCACUUUCUUCUACAUUGUUCGAAGGUCUUUCCAAUCUGGUUUAUUUAUAUUUGAGUUUUAAUUCAUUCUAUGGUAGCAUUCCCCACUCUCUAUAUGAUCUCCCUUCAUUGUUGGGAAUUCAUCUUGAUUACAACCAAUUCAAUGGCACUUUUCAAUUGGUCAACUUGCUUAGCCUGACCAAUCUUACAUUCCUUGGGCUAUCUCAUAAUCGCCUGUCAGUAGAUGUUGGCAACGUCAAUUCGAGUUCAUAUGGAGGUUUCCAAUUAAAAGAAUUAUACCUAAAUUCAUGUAACUUGUCCCAUUUUCCUGUUUUCAUCAAACAUUUGGAUCUAAAGUAUUUGGAUCUCUCGGCCAAUAGAAUUGCAGGAGAGAUUCCUAGCUGGAUUUGGGGAACACAACUUAUGUAUCUAGGCCUCUCAUUUAAUCUUCUAACAGAUAUUCAAAAGCCUUACCAUAUUCCUUCUUCUCUUUUGGCCCUAGACUUGGACUCUAACCAGUUAAAGGGCGAGUUACAGCUGCCCAUUCCACUUGAAUCUCAACUCCAGUUCAUUUCUAUUGCUAAUAAUAGUUUAAGUGGAACAAUUCCAACCUCCAUUUGUAAUGCCUCACAACUCGAUAGUCUUGACUUGUCAGAAAAUAAAUUAAGUGGCAGCAUACCUCCUUUCCUAAUCGAAAAUUUUAGGAGGCUUUACCUGAAUCAAAACAACAUCAAUGGCAGCAUUCCAAAUAUUUUUUCUAUGGAUUGUAAGCUACAAUAUUUGUCGCUUAACAAUAAUAAUUUAGAAGGAAAGAUCCCAAAAUCUCUCACAAGUUGCAUGUCGUUGGAGGUCAUGGAUGUUGGGAACAAUUACAUCACCGAUACGUUCCCAUGCAUGCUAUCAUCCUCAUUGAGAGUUCUUAGUUUGCAUUCCAACAGAUUCCAUAGUGAAGUGACAUGUAAUAUGACCUGGUCAGCGCUUCGAAUUCUAGAUAUAUCUUCAAAUAAUUUCAGUGGACGUCUGGCAUCAAUAAACUUCUCUAGUUGGAAGGGAAUGAUGCAAUGGAGUGAUGCAAAAUCGUACAGCUUUGGAGUGACAUUAAUCAUGAAAGGCAUAGAGUUAAAACUUAAACAGAUUUGGCCAGAAUUUGGUAGUAUUGAUUUUUCAUGCAAUAAUUUCAUUGGAGAAAUACCAAAUGCAAUUGGUGAUCUUACCACACUUCAUCUUCUCAACUUGUCCCACAAUGCCCUCGAAGGAAGCAUCCCUCAGUCAUUCGGCCACUUGAGCAAGCUCGAAUCACUUGACCUCUCUCGAAACCAGCUAACAGGGCCAAUACCGACGGAGCUUGGAGAAUUCACGUUCCUUGAAGUCUUGAACCUGUCACACAAUAAGCUGGUCGGAAAGAUCCCAAAUGGCCGUCAAAUUCAAACAUUUUCAGCUGAAUCCUUCAAAGGAAAUCCAGGCCUAUGUGGUUUCCCUCUCAACAGAAGCUGUAGUCAUAUUGAUGAGCUAUCACUACGAGAACAUGAAUAUGUCGAAGAGAUUAGUGAGAUUGAGAGGGCAUAUGUAUCUGCUGCACUUGGAUAUGUUGUGGGAUUUGGAAGUAUUGUAGGGCUACUCCUAUUCUGUCCAAGCUUCAGACAUAAAUUCUUCGAAAAAAUUGAAGAGAUUAUUGAAGAGGUGUUUGAUGGCAGAAACAGGAGAAGAAGACGUGCAAGAAUUGAUAGAAAUCCAUGGGUUCCAUCCUAA